AUGCGGGCGGCUAACCCGUUUUCUGCGUGCAGAUUCGCUCUGGCGACUGUAGCGCUCGUCUCUGCAUGUCAAGCAGCCCAGAUACCAUUCAUCUCGACACCAGAGACCUCCCACACCAGCCAUCCUUCGUUCAUCGAGUCGGACGAAUGGCGCUUUGACCACUCACCGUCGCCGAACGAGACCGCCAAUUUCAUAUUCGACACCGUCGCUUCAGCGCUCCAGCACUGGCCUCAUACCCGCUAUCGCAAUGGUCACGCCCUCAUCCCUGGCUACAUCCCCGUCGGCACCCUCCUUUACCACGGCGCCUCAGGCAACAAGAUCCCUGACCACCCGGAGUGGAUUGCAACCGACCCGGAGCACUCAUACGCGUUCUGCCGCGGCCAGGACGACGCGGGGUGCUGGCACCUUACUCUCGCCGCCGUCCGCCCGCUCAAGGUGCUAUAUUUCGACGGGAGUAGCGCCGCCAAGAUGGACGACGGGCCGAUGCACACCCAGGACAUCGUCGCGUGGGGCGGGGUGCGCCCGGAUAGGUCGUUCGAUGAGAGGAACAGGAUCAAGGACCUGUGCGAGUGGGGAGAUAAGUAUGGGGUGGAUGGGUAUGUGAGGAUGGAGAUGGAUUUCGAAAUCAUGCUCUGUAACUUCACCAACGGCGUCGAGAUUGUCUCCUGGUCCAAUCUGCGUGCCAACGGCCGGGGCGGCCCGGGGCGUGGUGGUCCCGGUGGUGGUCCCGGUGGCGGUCCCGGUGGUGGUCCCGGUGAUGGCCCCGACAAAGGCCCUCCUCCGAAUCGGAACUUCGACAAAGACGACGACCCCGCGAGCCCUCCCUCUCCCGGCCAGCCCAUCAAAGUACCCAACUCGGGCGGGCCCAACGUCAUGCUCGCCGGCUCGUGGCACAACCGCUACCCGGGCGACACGCGCAUCGCGCUGCACACGCACCGCCUCAUCACGUUCUACGACACCGCGCUCGUGCCCUCCCUCGCCCCCAUGCGCGCUGCCGCGGAGACGCGGUUCGAGCACUCGCUCACGGGUGUUGACGAUGCGGAUGUGCGUGCGGUCAUGGGCCGCCUCGAGGAGUACUAUGCGAGCCAGGUCGGGGUGGAGGCAGAUGUGGACAGGCCGGCGAGCGGUAUGGACUGGCAGACGCUCGCGAAGGUGAUUGUGGAUCGGCAUGCGGACAGGCUCGAGCUCGCGCGGUACUUGUUCAACGAGAGCUUGCAUGCACUUACCCCCGCAAAUGCUUCCGCUCAGGCUUCCUCAUCCAAAGCGCUCGCGCUCGCGCAGCGGGCGCUCACUGAGAUCCACGGAGUCAUCUUCCCGUACGCUCUCCACUCCGCACGGAUGCCCGGGGACACCACAGAGGAAGGAGACGAAGGAGAGGACAAGAACGGGCCGCACGCAUGGGCCGUCCCGGUCUGGCAAGAAUGCACGGACGCACACACGCGCUCGAUAUCGCGCCGCCCUGAGCGCCUCAUGCAGAACGAGCACACGCUGCUGCGCGCCGUGCGCGAGACGAAGCGCGAGAUCUGUCGUGUUGCUGUUGGGAUCUGGGCCGAUGCCGAGGAACGCACGUUUGGCGCUUCCGACGAGGGCGAAGAUCAAGGCGAAAGCAAGAUUGACGAAGACGCGCUGCGCGCUGCUGUGACACACUGGCUAGACGCCGUCGUUGGCCUGAUGGACUGGCUCGACUGGAGCGUCUGGGUGCGGUGCCGGCCCGCGUGCGGAUACGAGGAGUAUUGCUACCUCCCAACUUGGCCAUUCAUGCGCGGUGGUGCCCGCAAUGGCGACCCAAACGACGGCAAGCGCUUCACGCCAGCCCCUCAGGGGCUUCUGAGUAACAUCAGCAUGCCCGAAGAGAAGCACGAAUGCCCCAAGGGCGGUCCCUUGCGCAGCGGCGGGCCUCGAGGUGGACGCGGUGGACGCGGUGGGGGGAUGCGCUGGCCCCCGCCCGGCGGAGAUCGUGAUACCGAGCAAGAAGGUGGAGACGACCCCGCCCCUGGGCCUGAGCCUCCAAGGCGCGGCGGACCUCGUCUGCCGGACGAUGACAGCUACAAGAGGCCGCAGCCUGUGUGUAUGCGGCGCGUUGAAGAGUAUUAGGCUUCAGGUCUGAUUCUGGCUCGAUUCCGGCUCGAUUCUGAUUGUGUUUGGGCUUUUUCGUUGGGCUUGAUUAGUUGGAGACAGAGAUUUGGUAUAUGUCCAUUGCUUGCUUGAUCGCCGCUGUAUUCAAAAAAAAUGUCGGAAAAACCAAAACAGCCAUCUUAACGGUGGCGGCAUUUAGC